AGUUACUUCAAGAAGCUACAGUGAAGGUGGACAAGAAAUUUCUUGGAAAACAAAAGGAGAAAAGAAAAAGUAGGAAAAGGAUAACGAGCUUUGCAUGCACUCUAUAAAUUUGCAAUUAUACUAACUCUUCCUUCGUAUCACAGCCAAAGUAUUUCCUCACAAAUUCGUACACUUUUGACUUAACCGAAACUCCUUUUCUCCAUCUUGUUUUCCUUCUACACCCUAAAGAAAUAUUCUUACUGAAAUCGUUUUAACCCUUUCGUCCCUGUCGUUUAACAUGUCUUUGAUAAAUCGUAAGCCUGCUGAACCAGCCAUGUCUGAUGCAGAAGAUAUGCCGGCAGCAAAACGUCAGCAACGGAGGUGGCGUUCGGUUUUUGCGGCCAUAUAUUCUGCUAGGACUCUUGUUUCUUUGUACAUGAAGGUUAUUAACAAGAAGCAGAUCUUGCGUACUCUAUCCUAUAUUGCCCUUGAUAUCCAUGACAAUGACUCCAGUGAUGAUCACCUACCUUCUCUCUGUGUUGAUCAAAAAACACUCACUGAGGUGGUAAGAGAGAAGAACCUUGAAACCCUAAGUAAACUUGGAGGAGUAAAACAGAUUGCUGCAUGUCUUGAAACUGAUGAGAAGGAUGGUAUCAGUGCCGAUCAGGCUGAUCUUACACACAGGAUUGAUGUCUUUGGCGCCAACAGGUAUCAGAAACCACCUACUAAAAGCUUUCUUAGCUUUAUUUUUGAAGCUUUUAAGGAUACCACCAUUUGCAUACUCUUGGUUUGUGCUAUACUCUCGCUGGGCUUUGGCAUUAAGCAGCAUGGCAUAGCAGAUGGAUGGUACGAUGGUGGGAGUAUUAUCGUUGCUGUCUUUCUCGUUGUUGCUGUAUCUGCUGUCAGUAACUUCAGGCAAAACAGACAAUUCCAGAAACUUUCAAAUGAGAGUAGUGAUAUAAGAGUGGAAGUAGUGAGAGAUGGUCGACGCCAAUAUAUAUCAGUCUUUGAAGUUGUUGUGGGUGAUAUUGUGUGCUUGAAAAUUGGUGAUCAAAUUCCCGCAGAUGGAUUGUUCUUGGAUGGCCACUCCUUGAAGGUGGAUGAAUCUAGCAUGACUGGGGAAAGCGACCAAGUUGAGAUCAAUGGCAGCAACAAUCCUUUUGUCCUCUCUGGUACAAAGGUGACCGAUGGGUUUGGUUCCAUGCUUGUCACUUCUGUUGGCAUGAAUACUGCAUGGGGAGAGAUGAUGAGUUCCAUAAAUCGGGACUUAGAUGAGGAGACCCCAUUACAGGCUCGCCUCAACAAGCUGACUUCUUUUAUUGGGAAGAUCGGAUUGGCAGUGGCCGUACUUGUUCUUGCAGUUUUGCUUAUUCGUUACUUCACUGGAAACACAAAAGAUGACAAGGGAAACAAAGAAUAUAUUCCGGGGAAGACAAAGCUUGACAGCAUGAUGAACUCAGUCGUGGAUAUUAUUUCGGCAGCAAUUACCAUUGUGGUAGUAGCAAUUCCAGAAGGUCUACCUUUGGCAGUAACUCUAACUCUGGCUUACUCUAUGAAGCAAAUGAUGGCUGAUCAUGCAAUGGUCAGAAAGCUAUCUGCCUGUGAGACGAUGGGUUCAGCCACAACAAUCUGCACAGAUAAGACAGGUACCCUUACUUUAAAUGAAAUGAAGGUUACUGAGUUUUGGGUAGGGAAAGAAUUUAUGAAGGAUAGAAUUUCCUCGGAAAUAGCACCUAAUGUCCAUGAGUUACUGCAACAAGCCAUUGCUUUAAACACAACUGGUACUGUUUAUAGGCCAAACUCUAGAUCACUUCCUGAGAUUUCUGGUAGUCCAACUGAGAAAGCAAUACUCUCUUGGGCUGUCUUAGAUUUGGGGAUGAACCUAGAUGACCCAAAGCAAAAUUAUGAACUCAUCCAAGUAGUGGCCUUCAAUUCAGAGAAGAAAAAGAGCGGAGUUCUGAUAAGGAGGAACGGUGAGGGUGCUACACACGUACACUGGAAGGGUGCUACUGAGAUGAUCGUGGCAAUGUGUUCACAAUAUUAUGAUAGAAGAGGAACAAUUAAAGCCAUGGAUGAUGAAGAAAGAACAGAGAUUGGGACAAUUAUUCAGAAUAUGGCUGCAAAAAGCUUGAGGUGCAUAGCAUUUGCUCACACCAAAAUUCCAGAAGACAAUGAGCAGGUUUUGGAAGAAAGCAGACUCACCUUGUUAGGGAUGGUAGGUUUGAAAGACCCAUGUCGUCCUGGUGCCAGAAUAGCCGUGGAAUCUUGCAUAGAUGCUGGAGUAAACAUCAAGAUGAUAACUGGAGACAAUGUCUUCACAGCAAAGGCUAUAGCGAUUGAAUGUGGCAUUCUGGAACCUCAUGAGGAUAUGAACGAAGCGGUAAUAGAAGGUGUACAGUUCAGAAAUUACUCACCACAAGAGAGAAUGGCAAAGAUCAAUAAAAUCCGUGUGAUGGCCAGAUCGUCACCUUUUGAUAAACUUCUGAUGGUACAGUGUCUAAAGCAGAAUGGUCAUGUUGUAGCAGUCACGGGGGAUGGAACGAAUGAUGCACCAGCUUUAAAGGAAGCAGAUAUUGGACUUUCCAUGGGAAUCCAAGGAACUGAAGUUGCCAAGGAAAGCUCAGAUAUAGUCAUCUUGGAUGAUAACUUCACCUCUGUGGUGACAGUUUUAAGGUGGGGUAGGUGUGUCUUCAACAACAUUCAGAAAUUUAUUCAGUUUCAACUCACAGUUAAUAUAGCAGCCCUAGCCAUCAACUUUAUUGCAGCAAUAUCCUCUGGUGAAGUCCCACUGACAGCUGUCCAGCUUUUGUGGGUGAACCUAAUAAUGGAUACCUUGGGAGCUUUAGCUUUGGCCACUGAGCGACCUACCAAUGAUCUCAUGACAAAGCCACCUGUGGGUCGAUCCAAGCCCCUAAUUUCGAACAUCAUGUGGAGGAACCUCAUUGCUCAAGCCUUGUAUCAAGUUGCAGUUCUACUAACCCUUUCAGUUCAGGGGGAAAAUCUAUCUUUGGUGGACGAGAAGGUCAAGAACACACUCAUUUUCAACACUUUUGUCCUCUGUCAAGUGUUCAAUGAGUUUAAUGCCAGAAAACUAGAAAAGAAGAAUAUAUUCAAGGGACUACACAAGAACAAACUCUUUCUUGGGAUCAUUGGCAUAACUAUAAUUCUUCAAGUGGUAAUGGUGGAAUUCUUAAAGAGGUUUGCUAACACUCAGAGGCUGGACUGGGGGCAAUGGGGUGCUUGUAUUGGAAUUGCAGCUUUGUCUUGGCCACUUGCCUGGCUAGUUAAGUGGAUUCCAGUAUGAAGCAUUUCUCCUCUGCGAUCAGAGGGCUUUUGCAUCCUGGAAAGAUCAGUCAGUUCACAUGAGAUAGUCUUUUUAUUUUCUAAGUAGUAGGAAUAAAAAUACAUAACCUUAGUAGUUUCUCUUUACUAUUCCUGAUGCAGGCUUCUGUUUUCCUUCUUUUCAAUAUUUAUAUCUGUUCUAGUUUCAUUUUAAUUGUUGAAUGUAAGCUUCUAUGAGAAGAAUCAAGAUUCAUUUGUUGCUUAUACAUGCAUUAACUUCAAAAUAAACUGUUUUGCACCACAUUAUUAUGCAAUCACUAUGCUGAAAGAAAACCCUCGUCUAAUGCAAAUAAAUUACAUAUGUCAUUUGGUUUUAGUGGAUAACAAUGUAGCCAUGCAGGUUAGGCUUCAUAUUGUAGACAUAUUACUAGUAGAUAUGAAAUUAAGCUUUUUGCUCUCUCCAGGGGAUGUAACAAUAAUGAGAUGAAACUUUCCUCGAAAUCCGAUAAUCUAUUUUAAGAACAAUAAUCUUUGUAAGUCUAUCAAAACUUAUGAUAACCAGUUCACAAACACACAGACCACCCAUCAUGUUAUAAUUUCAAACGAUCAAAAUAUUCCACUGUAGA